AUGAUAUCGCGCUCUUUUCUCCGAUCCUGCAAUGGCCAUGCGCAGGUGGGAAUUUCGAAAAGAAUUUGGGGCUCUUGUUUUUUGCCCUUUCGUGGCGUGGGUAGCCUUGUUCCUUUUGCCCAACAACAAAACAUUUGCGCAUUUUAGGUGGUUGUUAGAAUGGCUUCCAACGUAACUGUGAAGGUCCCUCUGAUCCCCGUUGAGAGGACUUCUUACAGUGGCAAAAGUUUGACCAAGGAUCCGAUCAGUGAGGUCGACCCAGACAUCUGGAAUCUAAUUAAAAAGGUUGGUGAUCGCCCUACAAUCAUUUUUACGUACUUUUAUUGUUCCAUUUUUUCUUUAUCCGUUAUGUUAUCCAUGCGGUUUUUAGGAAAAAAGUCGUCAGAAAAGAGGAUUGGAGUUGAUUGCCAGUGAAAAUUUUACUUCCAAAGCUGUUUCUGAUGCACUGGGAUCAUGUUUGAGCAAUAAAUAUUCUGAAGGAUACCCAGGGGCCCGGUAAGUUGGGGCUGUCUACUGUAACGUAAUAUUUUAGAUAUUACGCUGGAAAUGAAUACAUCGAUCAGGUAGAGUUGUUGUGUCAGGAAAGAGCUCUAAAAGUCUUCGGAUUGGACCCCUCCAAAUGGGGAGUGAAUGUUCAACCUUUGAGUGGAUCUCCUGCCAACUUUGCGGUUUACACUGCUUUGAUUGGGCCCCACGGCAGAAUUAUGGGUCUUGAGUUGUCUGAUGGUGGACAUCUGAGUCAUGGGUAAGGCGGAUUUUUUCUAUAGUUUUAUCUUGUUUUAGUUUCUUUUCGCCAGCCAAGAAAGUGUCAGCGACAUCUCUUUUCUUCGAAUCCAUGCCAUACAAAGUGAACAGAGAGACUGGCCUCAUCGAUUAUGAUAAACUUGAGGAGAACGCGGCCUUAUUCAGACCUCAAAUCAUCGUUGCUGGUAUGUAAAAACACCGUCACGUGUAUCUUUUUGUUUCAGGUAUCAGUUGUUAUGCCCGAUACUUGGAUUAUGCCCGUUUCCGUAAGAUCGCCGACUCGACUGGUGCAUACCUUCUGGCGGACAUGUCUCAUAUCUCGGGACUUGUGGCUGGAGGAGUAGCCCCGUCUCCCUUCGAGUAUGCUGAUGUCGUUAUGACCACUACUCACAAGUCUCUUCGUGGACCACGAGGCGCCUUGAUCUUCUACAGAAAAGGAGUUAGAAAGGUGACCCCUAAGGGAGAGGAGAUCAAGUAUGAUAUCGAGAACAGCAUAAACUGGGCUGUGUUCCCUGGACUUCAAGGAGGUCCCCACAAUCAUACUAUUGCUGGUAUUGCAGUUGCUCUCAAGCAAUGUGAAACCAAAGAGUUUGUUGAAUAUUCCAAGCAAGUGGCCGCCAAUGCGCAAGCUUUGGCCAAUAAGUUGAUUAAAUUGGGAUACAAAUUGGUGACGGGUGAGUAGUGAAAUAUUACAACCAAAAUACUUAUGACGAGUCCGUAUAAUUUGCACAAUGUGUUUUUCUCUGAUUUUUUGCGACCGUCGCCACGAUUUCCCGUUUUCUUCCAAGACAUGAACUUUUUCAUGAGGCGACUCCAAAUUUUACGCUCGACGCCGGUGAAAAAAAAAUCUACGGACUAUAUAUCCCGAGUAGUACUGGAUUUUGAAAAUCUGUGCAGAUCCAAAAUUGAGCCUACACUUCUUUUUCAAAAUCACUGUCCACCCAUUUUUACUUGAGUGGACAGUGGUUUUGCCACUCCCCUCCCUAGCUACCCUUUGAAUACAAUGAUGUAAUAUUGUGUAAUUUAUAGACGGUACUGACACCCAUUUGGUUCUGGUUGAUCUCCGUGCCAACAACUUGGAAGGAUCGAGGAUUGAAACCGUUCUGGACCUCGCAUUGAUUGCCUGUAACAAGAACACUUGUCCCGGUGAGUCGACUGUUCUUCUGGUUGGGAUUACAUAACUCUUUGGCCAAUUUACAGUCGACUCUGUGUGUUGCACCUCUUUCCCUUUAUGUUGUUCAUUUAUCCUUUCAUCUGAUAUCUGGUUUAAUAUAACAUGAAUAAUUUAGGUGACCAAACUCCCUUCAGACCCGGAGGCAUCAGACUUGGAACUCCAGCUCUGACUUCUCGAGGAUUCAAAGAAGCCGAUUUCGAAAAGGUCGCUGAAUUUAUCCACGACUCUAUCGAAGUCUACAAAAAACAUGAGCAUAGGUGUGGAAAGUUAAUCAAGGACUUCAAACACUUCGUUGAAACCGAUCAGGAAUUCUUGAAGGACAUCAAAGAAGUCGCUCGUAAUGUCGAGAAGUUCACCGCCAACUUUGAUAUCCCCGGAAAUGAUACUUAUUAA